AUGUAUUGUGGGUUUAUGAAUCUAUCAGAAACCCAAAUCGAAUUGUUGUUGGAAUUUGUAGAAAUUGUCAUGAAUAUUCGCGAUGUUGGUAUGAUGAAAUUUGCUGUGAAUUGUUGUGCAAGAACGGUUGAAAACCACAUGAAGACAUUUCGAGAAGUUUCCAUUAGAGAAAUAGAACCGUUGAUUAACACACAAAGUGAAUAUCAUUUGAUGGCCGAUUCUUCAAAGACUGGGACAGACGAACACUAUUCAUUAAAAAAAUUUUCAAUCCGUUCUUUUUAUGGAAAACACGAUGCAGCUGGUUGGGAUGAAUGGAUAAUGGAAUGUCUUUCAGAUGUUGGUCUCGAUAUCAAUAAUUGUCGUGGUUUGACAGUAUAUGGAGCAACCACUAUGAAAUCGGAACUAAAUGGUCUUUCUGGAAAACUUAUUGCACAUUUGGAUACUGAAAAACAGUCAAGUUUUAAGUCCAAUUAUUGUUUUAACCACAGGCUCGAUAUCGCUCUUGAAGACUCUUUUAAAUCUAAUGAAGGUCUUUUGAUCAAAGAAUUUCUUGAAAAAUUGACACAAGACCAUCUGAGAACGGGCUGGACCAACUAUAUACAUCAAAACAAAAUUGAUGAUGUGUUGCUCAAGAUGCCGUCGUUUAGCAACACACGUUUCAAUUUUGUGGCUUCUGUAUCAUCAGUUUUAUUUGAAUGCUUUGACAUGUAUAGUAAUUAUCUUGAAUUGGAAAGAUUUGAAAUGAAAAUUACUGAAAAGGUCAAAGAAAACAAACUGGGUGUUCCAAAAUUGUCUAAUAAUCUUUUUGUGGGUGCGUUGUUCUUCUGUGAAAUGAUGUUUUCAAAAUUCAGAGUCAUCAGCGAAUGGUUGCAAAGUGUUGAUUUGGAGUUUCUGGUCGCUUUACAAAGAAUAUUUGAUCUGAUCAAACAUUUGUUUGAAACUCGAAGUUUUAUUGACACAGAGGAGUUUGAACAAUUACCUUUUAUUAGAGAAGUUAAAAAUUUAGAUCAAAUGAAGAAUCUUAAAGAAGUGUGUUUGUCAAUAACAGAAAAUUUUCUAAAGUCGUUAAUUUUCCGUUUCAGUGAUCCUCUAAACAAAGUCACGACUGUCAUGCCAAAUGAUAACGAUUCAACACAAACAAAAGUUAGUCAACGUGAUUUCAAAUUGACACAUUUUGGACACUUUGAACAGUUGUACGAACGAAAUGAUUUUGAUUUAAAAACUGACAUAUCGUUGAAUUUGAUUCCUAACAAUAUAGAGCGUCCGAGGUAUUACCGGUAUAACUCUGAGCAAGAAAAGGAAAUCAAGGAAUUUGAACAUAUUAUCAAAUUGAAACUAGAGUUUGAAAGUGUAAGGAAUAAACAAAAAAUGGUACUUUAUCUCAGAUUCAACUCCCAAAAAUUAAAAUGUCCAAAGAUCUUAAAUCUAUCGUAG